AUGAAACCACUCUAUUUUUCAUACAGCAAGUAUACCAAGAAAUUUCACAUGCCUUCCCUUGGCCUUGCCCUAGUGCUGCUGAUCUCGUUGGUUUCUCCCAUCGAUUCCUGCACACACCAGGAGAAGGACUCCCUUCUCCAGAUCCUGGCCGAGCUUGGCCUCGCUGUGUCAUGGCGGAGUAACACUGACUGCUGCACGUGGGAAGGGAUAACCUGCAACCAAGACAGAAAGGUUACUGAUGUUUAUAUGGCUUCUCGAUGCCUUCAAGGCUCCAUCUCGCCAUUUCUAGGCAACCUUACCACCUUGCUGCGACUCAACCUGUCCCACAAUUUGCUGUCUGGUGGCUUACCGCUUGAAUUGGUGCAGUCCAGCAGCAUCAUUGUCCUGGACGUCAGCUUCAACCGCCUGACAGGAAGCCUGAGUGAGCUGCCAUCUUCAACCCCUGCACAGCCUCUGCAGGUACUGGACAUCUCAAGCAACUUGUUUACAGGAAGGUUUCCAUCCACAACAUGGGAAGUGAUGAAGAGCCUGGUCGUCCUUAAUGCUAGCACCAACAGUUUUACUGGGCAGAUACCAACUACACCAUGCGUUAGCGCGCCGUAUUUUGCCAUGCUUGAUCUGAGUUUUAACAAAUUCGGUGGAAAUAUCCCUCCAGGGCUCAGCAAUUGCUCCAAGAUGACAUUGCUCAGUGCUGGCCACAACCAACUUAGUGGGAUUCUUCCGGAUGAGCUCUUUAAUGUUACCUCAUUAGAGCACCUCUCUUUACCUGACAAUCAUUUGGAAGGGCCACUCAAUGGCAUAAUGAAGCUUACCAAUCUGGUCACACUUGAUCUUGGAGGAAAUGGGCUCAACAGCAACAUUCCAGAAUCAAUAGGUGAGCUGACAAAACUGCAGGAGCUGCAUUUGGACCACAAUAACAUGUCAGGGGAGCUCCCAUCAGGUCUGAGCAACUGCAUAGAUCUCAUAACAAUUGACCUUAAGAGCAACUACUUCAGUGGAGAGCUAACCAAGGUUAACUUCUCAAACCUGCCCAAUCUAAAGAAAUUAGAUCUUCUAUACAAUAACUUCACCGGCAACAUUCCAGAGAGCAUAUACUCCUGCAGCAAGCUGACUGCACUACGGCUAUCCCACAACCAAUUCCAUGGUCAACUAUCAGAAAAAAUAGGAAAUCUGAAGUCUCUCUCGUUCUUAUCACUUGUUAACAGUUCUCUUACAAAUAUAACAAGAACACUUCAAAUCCUUAGUACUUCCAGGAGUCUCACAACCCUUUUUCUUGGGUUCAACUUCAUGCACGAGACCAUGCCAGAUGAUUACACUAUUGAUGGUUUUGAGAAUCUUCAGGUUCUGGGAUUAAAUGAUUGUUCAUUGUCUGGACACAUACCUCACUGGUUAUCAAAGCUAGCAAAUUUAAGGAUGAUAUUUUUGCUCAACAAUCGACUCACUGAAUCUAUACCUGACUGGAUCAGCAGCCUAAACUUCCUCUUCUGUCUAGACAUAUCAAACAACAGCCUUACAGGGACAAUUCCAUCAGCCCUAAUGGAUAUGCCAAUGCUAAGAUCAGACAAGAUUGCACCAAAUGUCUUUGAGCUUCCUGCUUACGAUAAGAUACCAUCGCUCCAGUACCUCAGACCUGGCGCUUUUCCAAAAGUGUUGAAUCUAGGCAUGAAUAACUUUUCUGGUGAGAUCCCCAAAGGUAUCGGUAAGUUGCAAACACUUCUGUCACUAAAUUUGAGCUACAACAAAUUAUCUGGAGGUAUCCCACAAUCACUAUGCGCCCUCAAGAAUCUGCAGGUGCUUGAUUUUUCCAGCAAUCAUCUCACUGGUACAAUUCCAAACACACUAAACGAUCUGCACUUUCUUUCCAAAUUCAGCAUUUAUAAUAAUGACCUAGAAGGCCCUAUUCCAACCACGGGCCAGCUCAGCACAUUUCCGGGUUCUAGCUUUGAUGGAAACCCAAAAUUGUGUGGCCCUAUGAUUGUUAACCAUUGUGGUUCAACAGAAGCAGGUCCAGUCUCCAUUGUGUCGACAAAAGAUAUUAGCACUGAGGCCAUCUUUGUGAUUGCCUUUGGUGCUUUCUUUGUAGUAGGAGUCCUAUAUGACCAAAUAAUCUUCGUCAGAUAUUUUGGCUAA